CACAAAAAUGUUUUCCAUUAAAAUAUUAUUCCUCUGCAUAUUAGUGCCAAUAGUCUACGGACUAACUCGUAAAGAAUUAGUUGAUUUCGCGGACAAACAGUACCACAAACUAAUUAAUACACUGAAAACUGGUGUACAAUACCCAGCAGUAGGUAAGACAGGGUCGGACCACUGGGAGACAACCCCACCCGUGGACAACCAGUGGACGGCCGGCUUUUAUCCGGGGGUUCUCUGGCAUCUCUAUAACUAUACAAAGAGUGAUGAGUGGAAACAAUUGGCCACAACUGCUACCGACGCCAUGUAUAACGACCAGUUCAACACAUGGCAACACGACAUCGGCUUCAUGAUAAUGGGCUCCUAUGGCAAUGGAUACGAGUUCACCAAAAACCCUAAUUACCCGAAAAUUAUAGUAAACGCGGCCAACCAUUUUGCCAAACGCUUUAAUCACAAUGUCGGGUGCACCAAAUCGUGGGAUACCCCCAAUCCCAACGAGUUUCUGGUAAUAGUGGACAAUAUGAUGAAUCUGGAGCUACUAUUCGAGGGUUGGAAGCAUUCUGGCAAUAAGACUCUGUACGAUAUGGCGGUCUCCCAUACAAAUGUCACCAUAAGAGAGCACCUGAGGAAAGACUACUCGCACUUCCAAAUCCCAAAUUGUGAUCCGUUUCUUAUGUCUAAAGCCAAAAAUACGGCGAAUGUUGGCGAUGAUGACUUUAUGGCACCGGAAGCCAUGACUAAUGAAUACAACCAUUUAAUAGAUAUCUACAGUCUAUCCCUAAUUGGGGCUCAAAUUUUUGGUUUCGAUAAAAACGAUAUAAUCGACGGAAAAUACGAAUGA